GGGGGCCGUUUCCAUAGCGGCGGCGGCAGGAGGUGUCGUGCCGGGGGAACUUCCUGGUGCUCGGGCUCGGCUUCUCCGGGAUCCUGUUGGAAGGGAAACAAUGGGGCGCAGGGCACUGCGGUAGCCACCGCCGCCGCGCCGGACCCGCUCGGCCUCCGGAGACUGCCCUCAGCCGCCGCCGCCGGGACCGUCCUGAGGAUAUGUAUUCCUUUGAGAAGCCCUGGACAGUAGAUUGUGGUUUCAUACUGGACUGGGACAACACACAGACACAUUUCCAGUCAUGAAUUGCAAAACCUGGUGACAACUUCAUUACAGUUAUUCUUAAGAUUCUGACCAGGAUGUAGCACUCAAACUUGCUCAGGAACGAGCUGAAAUAGUUGCUAAAUAUGAUAGAGGACGAGAAGGUGCAGAGAUCGAACCUUGGGAAGAUGCCGAUUACCUUGUUUACAAAGUCACAGAUAGAUUUGGCUUUUUACAUGAGGAGGAGCUCCCAUAUCAUAAUGCAGCUGCGGAACGACAAAAGCACCUGGAAAUUGAAAGAACCACCAAGUGGCUGAAAAUGCUAAAAGCAUGGGAGAAAUACAAGAACACUGAGAAGUUUCAUAGACGAAUUUACAAAGGAAUCCCACUCCAGCUUCGAGGUGAAGUCUGGGCUCUCCUUCUUGAGAUCCCCAAAAUGAAAGAAGAAACAAGAGACCUUUAUAGCAAAUUAAAACACAGAGCACGGGGUUGUUCACCUGAUAUCAGACAAAUAGACCUUGAUGUCAACCGCACAUUUAGGGACCAUAUUAUGUUUAGAGACAGAUACGGUGUUAAGCAACAAUCUUUAUUCCAUGUUCUUGCCGCAUAUUCUAUCUAUAAUACGGAAGUUGGGUACUGUCAGGGGAUGAGCCAGAUCACAGCUCUACUCCUCAUGUACAUGAAUGAGGAAGAUGCCUUCUGGGCCCUGGUCAAGCUCUUCUCAGGCCCCAAACAUGCCAUGCACGGCUUUUUUGUCCAAGGUUUUCCUAAACUCUUGAGAUUUCAAGAACAUCAUGAAAAAAUACUGAAUAAAUUUCUGUCCAAACUUAAGCAACACUUGGAUUCUCAAGAAAUCUACACAAGUUUUUACACAAUGAAAUGGUUUUUUCAAUGUUUCCUUGAUCGAACUCCCUUUACACUGAACCUCAGAAUAUGGGAUAUCUACAUCUUUGAAGGAGAGCGAGUCCUUACUGCUAUGUCUUACACAAUCUUGAAAUUACACAGAAAACAUCUAAUGAAAUUGUCUAUGGAAGAACUCGUCGAGUUUCUUCAGGAGACUCUCGCAAAGGAAUUUUUCUUCGAGGAUGAUUUUGUAAUAGAGCAACUUCAGAUUUCUAUGACAGAACUAAAGCGGGCAAAAUUAGAUCUCCCUGAACCUGGUAAGGAGGAUGAAUAUCCAAAGAAGCCCUUGGGGCAGCUUCCGCCUGAAUCUCAUUCUGCUUGUAUUAACCACAUGAGUAAUGGACAAAGAAGUGUUGUCAGGCAUAGUCCCCAGAUAAGCGGCAGAAGAGAAAGUGAAUCGCCUCACAAAAAACACGAGCGUUCCCCCAACCACCAGAGCAGAACUGGUACACCGGAAAGAGUUGUGCAGCUAAGACCAAAAUCAGUGGAUGAGGAUAGUAAAACUGUGAAAGAUGAGGCAGAUUCUCAGAGAAAACCUUCACCAGGUUCACAAGACAGUUCUAAGCAUUAUAACCAUGCAGCAGCUAACCAAAAUAGCAAUGCGAUUUCAAAUAUUAGGAAGGAAUUUAUGCCCAAAUGGAAAAAACCAUCAGAUACUUCAGUUAUUGAAAGAACUACCAAAGGUGCCAUUGAAGGCAAAGGUCGGUCAAUGCACCCCACACUUACAGGCAGCACCUCAAGUUCUGCUGAUACCCAAAUAUCAAACUCAAGGCAGAGGAUGAAGGUUUUGGAUGCCAGUGAUGGGAAGCGGGGCUCCAAUGCAUCACAGUAUGAUAACGUGCCUGGGAGUGCGAAUGAAGACCCAGCAUCUGUGGACGAGGCCCCAGAAAGGGCUUACUCUCAAAGCCCAAGGAACACCACUUACUCCAACAGCCCCAGGAAGCAUGCUGAGCCAAGUUCCAGUCCACUGAGAGUACCCAGCAAAUUUACUUUCAAAGUGCAGCCUCCCACCCACAUAAAAUACCCAUCCCAGUUAGAAGGGGAAGAUCCUGGGGCUGCAUAUCCACCCUCCUACAGCAACCCCCCUGUCUACUAUGGAAAUUCUCCAAAGCACAUCCCUACUACCCACAGCAGUUUUGUGUCUCCACAGAUCAGUCCUGGGGUUCAAAUUAACCCUUCCAGGAGACCUUACAGUUCUACCCUUUCAGUGGAUAUUUCUCCAGAGAAAUCUUACAGUCGCCCAACUCCUGUUGUUCUACCAUCUAGUCGAAUUGAAGUCCUUCCUGUUGAUAUUGGCGCUGGUGGAUAUGCAGGCAAUUCAGGGUCACCAAAGAAUGGGAAAUUCAUCAUUCCACCAGUGGAUUAUUUGCCAGAGAACAGAAAAUGGCCAGAAGUUAGUUAUACAUACAGAUCUGAGAUGCAUGGGCAGUCAUGGACUCGAGAUGCUAACCGUAGCCACUUAAGCAAUCUACCAAAAUAUGCAGCCUUUCGUCAUGUACCCUUUCAGGACCAUGGCCUCCCAGCAGUUUCUGUAGAUAGUCCAGUGCGGCAUAAAACUUCACCAGCUGUGGAAGAUGCCAAUCCUGCUGGGUAUCAAUAUGCAGGGCCCUCGCCUCCAGCAUAUCACUACAGAAAUCGAGAAGGGCUUUCUGUUCAAGAAUCAGUAUUGCUGUGAGAAUUCAUCUGUGCUCACUGAAGAUAUGAGAAUAGAAACCAUAGAAGCCUACAUUGCUAUGUCUAUAAUUGCCAAAGCAGUAUUUUAUACGAUUGUAAACAACUCACACAAUUCUAAUGUAUGUCAGUAAUAAGAGUUUGUGGAAAUGUUUUCAUUCCCGUGAAGAUGCUGCUUAAGAUGAACAUUUUCAAUGAUACUAGGGGCCACUGAACCUUUUUCAAAAGUUAGUACGUAUAUUUCAUUUAUUUUUAGUAAUUUUUGUUUUUCAGGGGUUUGUUUUGUUUUGUUUUGUUUUGUUUUCUUCUUGAGACAGUCUAUCUAAACAGCCCAGGUUGGUCUUAAACUUUCCAUCCUCCUGCCCCAGCCUCCCAGGUGCUGGGAUUAUAGACAUGCAUGACCAUGCCCCAGCCUUAGUUUUAUUGAUUUUUUUUUUACUCAAAAGUAUGUGAUCAUUUACUGUUGACCAUGUAGAGCUACAGAAGACUCCAUCUGUUCAAAUCAAAAUAGUAAAGAUACUAGUCAAUAUGCAGUUUUACUAUGUGAUAACUGUUACAGUGAGUACAUGAGCACAGCAACUGAUUCAGUCCUGGGCAGAAGAAGUGGCAAAAUAAGAAGAUGAGGGGCUGGAGAGAUGGUUCAGCAGUUAAGAGCACUCAUUGCUCUUGCAGAGGACCUAGGUUCGAUUCCCAGCACCCACAUGGGUCCAUAACUCCAGUUCCAGGGGAUCUGAUACCUUCUUCUGACCUUCACAGGCAUUGCUCGAUGUUGGGUGCACUUACAUAAUGUAGGCAAUGCACUCAUACACAUAAAAUAAAAACAAUAAAAUUUUUUUAAAAAAGAAGAUGAGUGGAAGGCACAUGGGAACUAGCAGGUCAUGCAACUGCAGACAGCUGAGACUGGGCCAGGCAGUGUGUGCAAACUGGCUCAAGAGCCAGGCAUGAUGGUGCGUAGCUGUAAAUCAUGGCAUUCAGGACAUGGAGGCAGGAGGACCUAGUGUUCAAGGGUGACGUAGAAUGUACAAAAAGUUUCAGGCCAGCAUGGGCUACAUAACAAGAUCCUGUCUAAAGGAAAAAAAAUCACAAAAAAACAGACUUAAGAGGAAUUAUGAGUCCUGGGUUGGAUGCCCACCACCAAAAAAAGAAAUUAAGAAUAGUCAAUAGUGUUUAUAGUACAAGAAUACAAUAUCCAUUUAAUUUUAAUUGUUACCUUUUGUUAUUUUACAAUGUAUUUCGAAAAAUGCCAUUCUAGUUGCCUUAACUGCUCUAUAUGAUCUGGAAUAAAAGAACACUUAGAACACACCAA